UAUGUGAAAAGAACAGGAAGAGAACCGUGUGAGUCUCGGCCGUCUUCUCCCUUCGUUUUGGUCCCUGCGUGACACAUUAGACUUAUCAGCAAGGCCGCUGUCGAACACCCAGCGAGUGGACGCAGCGCUUCGGUGGCCACUGACUUGACCUCAGACGUCUGGAGCGUGAGGAGUGCCAGGCCAGGGCGUGCUCGGUGCCCAACUGUUGGACUGUCUCCUCCCUCCCCGCCCGGUGCUAGCUCGCUAGCCGCUCCAACAUCGUAGCAGCGCUCGUUGAAACUUGAGUGUUGCCUAUAGUUCGCAAUUCCCUCGGAAGAUUACUGUUUUCAGCUGAGAAGAUGGGCUGCACGCUGAGCACGGACGACAAGGCCGCCCAGGAGCGGAGCAAGAUGAUCGACAGGAACCUUCGGGACGACGGAGAAAAGGCAGCCCGGGAGGUGAAGCUGCUGCUGCUGGGUGCUGGAGAGUCUGGCAAGAGUACGAUUGUAAAACAAAUGAAAAUCAUCCAUGAGGCCGGUUACUCAGAGGAGGAGUGUAAGCAGUACAAGGCCGUCGUCUACAGCAACACCAUCCAGUCCAUCAUUGCCAUCAUCAGGGCGAUGGGUCGACUCAAGAUCGACUUUGCUGAUUCAGCCAGAGCGGACGAUGCCCGGCAGCUGUUUGUGUUGGCGGGCUCAGCUGAGGAGGGCUUCAUGACCGGGGAACUGGCCGGGGUCAUCCAGCGGCUGUGGAAGGACGGAGGAGUUCAGGCCUGCUUCAGUCGCUCCAGAGAAUACCAGCUGAACGACUCUGCAGCUUACUACCUGAACGACCUGGACAGGAUAUCUCAUGGCGCCUAUGUGCCGACACAGCAGGACGUGCUGAGGACCAGAGUCAAAACUACUGGCAUCGUGGAAACACACUUCACUUUCAAAGACCUGCACUUCAAGAUGUUUGACGUCGGCGGUCAGAGAUCAGAGAGGAAGAAGUGGAUCCAUUGUUUCGAGGGCGUCACAGCCAUCAUCUUCUGCGUGGCCCUGAGCGACUACGACCUGGUUCUGGCCGAGGACGAAGAGAUGAACCGGAUGCACGAGAGCAUGAAGCUGUUCGACUCCAUCUGCAACAACAAAUGGUUCACCGACACUUCCAUCAUCCUCUUCCUCAACAAGAAGGAUCUGUUUGAAGAGAAGAUCAAGAAGAGUCCGCUGACCAUCUGCUACCCGGAAUAUGCCGGUUCCAACACUUACGAGGAGGCGGCGGCCUACAUCCAGUGUCAGUUUGAGGACCUGAACAAGAGAAAAGACACCAAGGAAAUUUACACCCACUUCACCUGUGCCACAGACACCAAGAACGUGCAGUUUGUGUUUGACGCCGUCACCGACGUCAUCAUCAAAAACAACCUGAAGGACUGCGGCCUUUUCUGAAGGCCGCAACCAAGUGACUUAUGUUGAGAGGAUCUUCGUUCACGUGAUGAGAAUGUCACUUUUAACCUUUUUAUUAACUUAUGUUCAUCUCUAAAAGUUUAAAGACGGAGUGUAGAAAAACAUUUUUGUGUAAAAUAUUUGUACAACUGUCUGCGGGGGAUUUUUUUCCUUUUUUUUAAAAAUUCAUCUCAUUCAUUUUUUUUUCUUUUUAAACAAUUGGGGCCUUCACUUUUUCAAUUGCUUUUCUUUGUUAUUCAUGCAACACAUUUGUCAGUAGUCGCCUUGUUGCCUUGCAUGCUUUAGUUGCUGUGUUUUGUUGAUCUAGCUGUUUUCUUUGUUUCCUGGAGCCCCAAAUCCAUUGUUUUUUUGUUUUGUUUUUUAACUUGUCUUUCUUUUUCUUUUUGCCUCCUUGUAAAAACCAAGUUACUAUAAAGACCAAUUCACUCUGACAUACUGUGAGAGCGUGUGGAGACUCCUCAGAUGUGUGUAUGCGCGAUUGAAAGCUGUGCUGUAAUGGAGACCAAAACCUGUGUGUGUAUGUGUGUGCACACGAUGUUUCACAAAGGGACUUUAUUCCUCUGAUUGUCAUCCUCGUUCAAAGCUUUAUUUUUUUAA